UUGCAUAUUGUAUUCUGGGUGGUUUUUUUUUUCUGGGUUUUUCACCUGGGGUUAGUUUAUGUUUUCAAUUUGUUUGAUUUGUUGUGUUGGGAUAUCUCUUUCUUGUUUUGCAUUCUUUAAACUGUACGUUUCAGAUGUAUCUGAAUUCCGAUGACUGCGAAAAUUCUUGAUUGUAUUGUCAUCCAAUUUGAAAUUCUUUUGAUGUCAUGGUUAUAUGAAAUUUGGGUUUUUUAACUUAGUAUAUACUUUCUGUUUAUUUUGUUAUGCGGUUUUAUUUCUCUUGCACUCUGGUUGUUCUGGUUCAUAAUUCUGUACAUUCUGUUUUUACUUUCUUACCUUGGUCGGUCUCAUGCAUAGUUAUACGUAUGUACAUACUGGUGGUAUACCUAGAACAAAAAUAUACAAUAUUUUGUGUGUACUGGUGGUUUUGGUUCUGUCAUUGUAUAAUAGUCAGAGGAUAAGGCAGUCUUAUGUAGGAGAUAUAGGAUACGCCAGAAUUGGUGCAACAGUUUUAGCAUGGAAGACAACAUGGAUGGCAACUUUUCUCAUGCAUAAGGGCUGCCCAUUUUCCCAAGUUGGCAUAUAUGCAGCUUUAGUUUAUACAUAUUCAAAGAUGAAUUUCUUUUCUGCAGUGCUCUACAAAGUGCAAUUUCUACUAGAACCUUCAAAAGUUCCAAGAUCUUCUGAAGAAUUGAAGGCCCAGCCAAGUUGACAAUAGCUUCUGUAGGAAGUGCAUAUAUGAGAAGCUCUCGGAUGAGGGGAUGGAUUGCUGUCCUGUAUGUGACAUUGAGCUGGGCUGUCUUCCAGUCGACAAACUCAGGCCAGACCACAAUUUACAGGAUAUAAGGGCCAAAGUUUUCCCUUUUAAAAGAAGAAAGAUUAGGGCUCCUGAGGUUAUGCCUUCAACCUCACCACCUGCCAAAAGGAAGGAAAGAUCACUAUCAUCAUUGGUGGUCAGUACUCCCAAAGUGCCAAUGCAGACUGGCUUGACUGGGAGGAGAACCAAAGCUACUGCACGAAAAAGAGUUGCUGCUUUUCGAGGAUGUAAUUUCUCUGUUGAGGAACCCCUUAAGAAAGAAGAUUUUGCAGAAGAUCAUCCCUCAGGCACAAGCUCCCCUGAUUCCUCAAACAAAAUUAGUCAAAGUAAAAGGCAGGACUCUUCCAUGGCAGAACCUUCUAGUGAACGCAGGUCAAAUGAAGAUACAGAUGAUGUUGAAAUGUUGGAAGGCAAAGCAGAUCUGUGGACCCCCUUAAAUUGUCUUGUUGAAGCUGCUAACAGAAAGUCAUCUAAGCUAAAUUCACAGGGAUUGGCUACUUCCAAGGCUGAGCCACAUAAUGGCCCUGAUUGUCACUUAUACAUGCCAGAAACAAAAGCUGACCUUGAAUCUGCCACUGUUCCUGAUGGCAAAUUGUGUAUUCCUAAAACUAAGAGUAAGGAGCAUGGGCAGAAUACAAAAGUUCUGGAUGAAAAGAAUGGAGCAAGUUUGAUUUCAAGACCUGUGAAGCGUAGAAGGUUGCGUGCAGCAGCACAAAAGAGGGCAACUGCCUCUCAGGAGCAGGCUGCCUCAGCUAGAGUCAUGUUAGACACUUUGGGGGCUAAGUGUAACAGAAAAGAAAGUCCAAUUUGGUUCUCAUUAGUUGCUUCUGAAGAUCAGAAAGGAGAUGCUUCGCUGCCACAGAUAUCUGCAUGCUACUUGAGGAUAAAGGAUGGUAAAAUGCCUGUCUCAUUCAUCCAAAAGUACCUUGUAAAGAAACUUGAUCUUACAAGUGAAGCUGAGGUGGAGAUCAUGUGCCGGGGUAAGCCUGUUCUACCAACAUUGCAACUUCAUAACUUGGUCGAUCUGUGGUUUCGCACAGCAUCAACUGCAAAAAAGGUCCCAGCAUCUGUUGGCUCCUCAGCCAAGGACUUUGUGAUGGUUCUAUCAUAUGGCCGAAAAGUUCAAGCUCCUUGAGACAUCUAUCUAAUUUUUCCAUGUUGCUUUUUUAUCAUCUGCAACUACAUAUAUGUUUUCUAAGAUCAUCAUAGUUUUAUUGUAUACUAGUUUACCUGUCAUGUAUGCUUGUACCAUGCAUGUAAUACACAUGAAUUUAUUUAAUUUAUUUUAUUUCAUUCUUACCA